AUGCCAAAAGGUCACCGCUCAGUCAGAAGCCAAGGUUAUUACCGCCUCAGUCCCGGCGAAGCCUCAACCACACUCUCUACGCAAUACGCCCCCAUUUCCGCACGUCAAACAAUACCCAACUCAUACUAUAACACACCACAAGAGCCCAUCACCAACACUUCCAACAUGUCACAACAAUCCUAUCAACAAGGCCCAUCCAACUACUCCAACGGUGGCCCCGUCCAACUUCCCAUCUCCACCCAGCAAUACUCCCAGAUGCCUCCAGCACCAGUAUCCAUCCGUCCCUCAAGCGGCGCCUGGACACCUUCAGAUGACCAGACUCUCAUGGCAGCUCGCGCACAAGGCAUGAACUGGGCACCAAUCCAGCAGAUGUACUUCCCAAGCAAGACACCCAACGCCUGUCGUAAGAGACACGAGCGGUUGAUGGAGCGCCGGAGUGCAGAUGACUGGGAUGGUAUGAAGCUGGAGAACCUGGCGAAGAACUACAUGGGUAUGAGGCGCGAGAUUUGGUCUACUCUUGCGGCCCAGACAGGCGAGAAGUGGAACGUGGUUGAGCAGAAGUGCAUGUCCCAAGGUCUCAAGAACCUCCAAACCGCCGCCCGCUCCUGCGCCCGCCGCGAACGCAUGCUCGACCCCCAGUCCUCCACCAACCACUCACACUCUCAAUCUCAAGGCAGCUACAACGCCUUCGAAUCACACACCGACGACUCAGGGUACGCGGACGAGCACGAUCACGAUCAUGAUCCAGACCAAGACCAUGAUCACGAUCACGAUCUCGAGGCCGAGUACGAUGCUGACGGUAACUCAGACCGCUCCUCCACCAACGGCGUAUAUAGCCACCACUCCUCGUCGCACAGCAACGGGAUGAACGGCCAGGGCCAGAGCCACUAUCAUAGCCAUAGUCAUAGUGGUGGGAGUAGUGCGAGUUUGGGCGGGGGUCUUGGGAACUUGGGAGGGAUGGUGGGUGGUGGCAUGGGUGGGUAUGCGAUGCAUCCGAGUCAGCAUGGUCAUGGACAUGGACAUCAGGGGCGUUUGCCUAGUAUGAGUAUGGGGAUUGGUGCGAUAAUAGAGAACUAUGAGAAGAGAUGA